CCCACACAGAUGCUGCCGUCUUCUCCUCUGCUGGGUCAGUGUCAUGCUGCCUAUUAAUAAAAGAGCUCACCACAGCCAAGGCGAGAAGAGGAAAAGAGAAAAACAAAAACAAAAAAAAGAGCCCGCAGUCGUUUCUGCUUUUUGGAGUCUGCGGAGGUGCUCGUAACAUGACACAAAAAAGCUGCAACUUCCGAUAAAAGAAAAGCUCCUUUUUUUUUUUCUUUUUUUUUUGGGGUACAUUUUUUACUCGCCUUCUGCGAUCUCCUUGCAGGUGCUUUUUUGCGUCUGGCUCAUCUUUGACCCUGCUGGCAUACAGUUACCGAAAUCCGCCUUUUUGCACUUUUCUUUUCGCGGACAGCCAGCCGCACGGCGCUGCGCCUUGUUGGUAAACACGAAUCGGAUCCCGGCGGCGAGGACUCCCUCUGGUGCAUUGAUGCACCCGUUUCAGUGGUGUAACGGGUGCUUCUGUGGUCUGGGACUGGUUUACUCCAACAAGUCGUGCACCAUGCCACCCAUCACCUUCCAGGACCUGCCUCUCAACAUCUACAUGGUCAUCUUUGGGACAGGCAUCUUCGUAUUCAUCCUCAGUCUCAUCUUCUGCUGUUACUUUAUCAGCAAACUACGACACCAAGCCCAGAGCGAGCGUUUUGGAUACAGAGAGGUGGUUUUAAAAGGAGACCCGAAAAAGUUAAGUCUUCAUGGGCAGACAUGUGCCGUGUGUCUGGAGGACUUCAAGGUGAAAGACGAGUUGGGUGUGUUGCCAUGCCAACAUGCUUUCCACAGGAAGUGUCUUGUAAAGUGGCUGGAGGUGCGCUGUGUCUGCCCCAUGUGCAACAAGCCCAUAGCCGGCCCCCCUGAGCAGCAUCACAGCAUAGGGACCCUGCUUGAUGAACUGGUGUAACCUGUGAACUGCUGCCAGUCUGGGUGGGACGCUGGCCCCGCGCCCCACCAGCUGCUCCGAGUUAGUGACCAAACGGAGGAGUGACACCAUUUUGCUGUCGGAACACAGCAAAGCACCAACAUGAUGAUAGUAUGUUGGGGUAACCUAGUUACCACUCGGAGGAAGACUCUGAAAGAUGCUGUUGCUUAGCAACUGUCUCUGCGAUAGCGACAUGACACUUUACAGUGUCUGAGAGGUUAUCUUCAGCCACCCACACAUCACUCCACCACUCUUCUUUCAAGAUCUGCCCUCUGCACUGUCCCUCACAUCCUAUAUUGCUGCCUUGAGUGAGUUUAAAUGGCACCAAUGAAGAGGAGGACGCGGCUCUUUCACUGCAAUGUCGAUAAAUGGGUGUUGACGGAUGAAAACAGGAGGCUCUGGAUGAGUCCUGCAUGUCACGGCGGUCCCAGGCAUGAAAUGAUAUCCCUAUCGUUGGAAACUCCUGUGGAAAAUAAACGGCACCUCUUCAGUCUUUUAAGACCUGAAGAUCUGAGAAAAGGCAUCAUGCUCCUGUUUGUAUUACAGGGUUUAUUCUUAGAGUUCUAAAAGAGGAGCUGGUAGAAGGAGAGCAUCAAGAGCUAAGUAAACAAUACCAUGAUAAAUGUAUACACGGGAAUUAUUUAAACGGUUCUAAACUGUUUAAUUGGUCUAGCUGUGAUUAAAAAGUUAUAAAAGAUAACUCACAUCUUAUCGGCAGAAUUUAAAGUAUUAGGGUUAGCCCAACCAAUUUUGAGGUGUGACAAAAGUUUUCUUUUUAUAAGAUGUGUUUAAAAUCCAUACUGAUGCCCACCCCAACAACGCCAACACGUAUUCCACAUACUGUACAUGCUCCACGUGUGUGUGUUUUUUUUGUCCUCUGGUAUUCUUUAUCGUCCCGAUAUGUGUUUUGGGUUAUUUUGGGUGGAAUUAAGUAAAUCAGUCUGCCUCUUACUGUAACAGUUUAUUUGAAAUGUGUUUUAAUUCACACACACAUACACAAGAAAAUCUCUCUGUCUGUCUGAAAUUCCAUUAUUGUUUGGAUGUAGCACAGCAGGUCCUUUAUUGAAAGGUGCAGACCCUAAGAGAGUGGUAUCACUCGUGAUUCUGUCCCACAUUCCUCGGUCAUAGGGUUUAUUUCUCUGAAAGCGACACACUGCCUAAAUUGAGCACAAAACUCACAAAGCACAUUGUGCAGAGACAGCAGGCACCUGCACUGUAAUCCAAAUGUCCAUGAGCCAAGAAGAAAAAAAACUCAAUUGCGUUACAUUGAGGAGGAGAAAUGUUCAUUCUGACUCCGACCACAUUCCACACUUUGUAAGCCAAUAGAUGUAAAUAACUUGAAACAGUAAAUAAAGUUGUCUGUUUGCUCAGCAUCUCGCAUGUUUCGUGACUUUUUGCAUAGAAAAGAGUGGAAUCACAAAUCCAAAAUGUGUUAAGCCCUGAUGAUGAUUUAGGAAUUUAAACACUUAUGAAUAAAACUU